UGACGAAAACCAACCGGAUACACUGUUUUUAGAUCAAGUUGAAGUUGGUGAGACGUACGAAAUGGUGAUUACGAACAUCAGUGGUCUUUACAGAUAUAGAUUUGGUGAUGUCAUCAGAGUUGUCAGAUUUCACAACCAGUGUCCUGUUGUAGAAUUCUUGUACAGACAAGGACAGUUAUUGAACGUUCAUGGCGAGAAGACUUCAGAAGACGUUCUCUACAAAGCCUUGGUGGAAACGGCUUCUGAUUGGCCGAAUGUCAAAUUAGUUGAUUAUACAUGCGCUGAAAGUGUCAUGUUGAACUCCCGCUACGGUAAUUCCAAUGCUAGUCCCUCUCAGUUUUAUCUGAUAUUUAUUGAAUUAGAAGGAGCAGGUACAAAUUCACAUAAACUUACGCAGACACAGAAAAACAGG